AUGCCUUAUAAAACUAAUAAAGAUUUACCAGAAAAUGUAAAAAACCAUUUACCAAAGCAUGCUCAGGAUAUAUUUAGAGAGGCAUUCAAUCAUGCUCAUGAAGAAUAUAGCGAUCCAUCAAAAAGGAGAGAUCCGGAUGAAGAACUUGAUACAGUAUGUUUUAAAGUGGCAUGGGCAGCGGUACAUAAUAAAUAUGAAAAAGGUGAAGAUAAAGAUUGGCAUAGAUUCUAA